UAUAAAAAGGGCUGGGGAGGUGGCUCAGCAGUCGAGUGCCCCUGAGUUCAAUCCCUGGUACCCCCUCCCCUCCCCCAAAAAGAGAAAACACAUUGUUUUUGGCGGGUGGUCCCAGCUCCCGGCUUUAGUUCUGCUACUAUCGGGUGUGUUUUGGGACAGUUCACAGCCCAGACACUGGAGAGGAAGCUCAGGUCCCUGUCGUGGCCUUUCUGUGAGACUAUAGAGGUGCCACUCUUCUCCUUGGCUGUCCUAGGCUCAGGGUGGCUUGGCUGUCCCGGGGAGGCUGGUGGAAACUUCUAGAAAGACCAGUACACGUUCACUCAGCGGGCUGGGGUCGCCCAAUCCCAUCACUCACAGACGGUAGGCCCCGGCCUUCCUGCUCUAGGAAAGGGGACUCCCUGAGACUUGGAGUGAGAAGACAGGGCGGGGUGCGAGAGGCAGGGGCGCGUCCGUGAGGUCUCUUGCAGACCGCGGGGACAGCCACCCAGCUCGCGCUAGGUUAAACCACCCAGGUAAGUCUGUGGAUCCAGAAGUGGCAUUCAGGCAUGGCUGGAUCAAGACAAUGUGGCACUCACUCACGUUUUCUCUUGCAUGCUGGACUGGGAGGACACCCAGACGCCAGGGGCACAGGCCACCGCAGGCCACAGCCGGCUCCUCUGUCCAACGAGGUGUCUCCCUCCCCAGAGCCUGUGAAGGUUCCCAAUCGCUCAGCUAAUCCUUUCCACAUGUCUGGGGAUGUGGAUUUCUUCUUGUUCAGAGAUCAGGAGCUGAAUAAGACUAUUACGGAGCGGGAGGAGAAGAAAGGCAUGCAGGUGCACCAGAAGACCACCUACUCCUCCAAGGUCUCUGCCCAGCAAACUAACCUGCGGCGGGAGCUGCUGCUGGAGGAGGAGGCGGAGGAUAAGGAGCUGCAGGAGGAGGUGGAGCAGAUGCGACUCUUCCACCAAAACUCAGCCUGGAAGCUGGCCAUGACCAAAGAGAAGAAAAUGGAGCCCGAGACUCUGAGCAGCUACCUGGAGCACAAGCGGAAGAUGUUCCUGAUCCAGUACGCCGUGGACAUGAAGCGCAGCGAGAUGCAGCGGCUGGAGGCGCUGGCCGCGCGCGAGGAGAGCCGGCUGGAGCUGGCCGAGCGCUCCCUGGAGCGGGACGCCGUCCUCUUCGACGAAUUCCUCCGCGAGAACGACGGCAGCUCGGUGCAGGCCAUGCGAGUGGCUGAGAAGGAGACCAAAGCCAAGAUGGAUAAGAUCGCCGAGAUCCGGGACCUCACCACCCAGAUCAUGCAUAUGAAGAGUGAAAUCUCCAAAUUUGAAGACACCCUGCUGCACUACAAAGCCUACAAGGACUUCCUGUACAAGAUGUCGCCCAAGGAGUGGCUAGAGGAACAGGAGAAGCGGCGGCUGGCCCUCAAAAAGGCCAAGGAGAUUGCCAACGCCCCUCUGAAGGGAGGCGGGUACCCCAUGCCAGGGGACAAAGGACCAGGGACCAGGAGCAAGGUGGCGCCUCUGCUGGGCAGAGAGCCUCAGAGCAUGAAGAAGCCCGUGAAGCCUGUGCAGGUCCCCAGAGUGGGGCAGGCCCUGCUCAGCAGCAGCCCCCAGCCCACGGCGCCCGGUCACCUGGAAACCGGAAGGUCAAGCUCUGACCCCACGCCCGAGGACUCGGACAGCGACGGGGAGGACCAGGCGCUGUACUUCACGGAGCCCCAGCAGCUCCUGGACGUCUUCAUGAACCUGGAGGAGCAGAAUCUGUCACUGAUCCAGAACACCCAGGAGAUGGAGGAGACCCUGGAGGAGCUGAACCUCACCCUGAAGAACACGCACUUGCGCAUGGAAAAGGAGGUCAACCAGCUGAAGCAGUGGAUCACCACCAUGACCAUGUCCAUUGCCAAGGAGGAAGAGAUGGCGUCAGAGCUGGAACUCAAGUCGCGGGUCUUCCACUUUGGGGAGUACAAAGGCGACCAGCAGGACAAGCUGCUGGAGAGCCUGAACCACAAGGUGCUGGACGUGUACAGACACUGCGUGGUGGGCCAGCAGGAGGCCAGCCUGGGCACCGUGCAGAUGCUGACCAUCAUCGAGCACCAGCUGGAGGAGCUGCUGGAGAACCUGGAGCGGGUGCCCACGGCCAGGGUGGAGCAGAUCGAGAAGGCCAAGGAGAAGGAGCGCCACCUGAGGCUUCGGGAGGAGAAGGUCCAGAUGGAGAAGCUGCUGCAGGAGGAGCGGCUGCAGCGGGCGCGGGCCCGGGCCCAGGCGGAGAUCAAGAGGAAGAGAGGCCGGAAGCUGGUGUGCCGCUCGCGCCCGCCCGCGGUCAAGGCCAAGGAGGAGCCGGCGCACCCGCAGGUGGACCGGGAGAAGGAGGAGAUGCUGUUCUUCUUCACCUAGCCCGCGGCGGCGGCGCGGCUGAGGGCGCGGAGGGAGAAGAGGUCGGCGGCGGGGGCGGCACGGGCCGGGCCUGGGGAGAGCCUGGCCCGCCCUCGGCGUCUCCUGCAAGCUGCCGGCUCCGUGAAAUAAAGGCUUGUGUUUUGGUG